AAAACAUAGUACCAAGACUUUUGAAGCCAAACAUAUCCUUCAGAAACCUCAAACUUUUUGAAACCUCGAAAAUGGCUGGAAUUGUGGUGGUUUUCGACUUUGACAAGACGAUAAUUGACUCGGAUAGUGAUAAUUGGGUUGUCGAUGAAUUAGGCGCCUCUGAUUUCUUCAAUCAACUUCUUCCCACCAUGCCUUGGAAUUCUGUAAUGGACAGGAUGAUGAAGGAGCUCCAUACACAGGGCAAAACCAAAGAUGAUAUUCAAGAGGUACUAAAACGGGCCCCGAUUCAUCCUCGGGUCGUCCCAGCGAUCAAAACCGCUCAUUCUUUAGGGUGCGAUUUAAGGAUAGUGAGUGACGCAAACCUAUUUUAUAUCGAAACAAUCCUCGUUCAUCUCGGAAUUAGGGAUUGUUUUUCUGAAAUAAACACAAAUCCAGGCUAUGUAAAUGAAGAAGGGAGGCUCAGAAUCUUACCUUUUCAUGAUUUUCAAUCUUCUUCUCAUGGCUGCAAUCUUUGCCCUCCCAACAUGUGCAAGGGCAUGAUUAUCGAAAGGAUUCAGGCCUCGUUAGGCAAGGAAAGGAAGAAAACGAUGAUUUAUCUAGGCGACGGGAGUGGAGAUUUCUGCCCGAGUUUGAAGCUUAAAGAUGAAGAUUAUGUCAUGCCAAGGAAGAAUUUUCCAGUUUGGGAUUUGAUAUGCCAGAAUCGCGCACUCGUAAGAGCAAAAAUCCACGAAUGGAAUGAUGGAGAAGAACUUGAGAGCAUUCUCCUCAAACUCAUCGAGACAAUUUCCCUUCAAGAAGGUCGUGCUAAAUCGGCUCAGUUGUUAUUAGUCGAUUGCAAGAUGGAGACAAUUCCGAUGGCAGCUCAUGAGACCUUGCCCCAAGCCCUCCCGGUUACCCAGUAGUGUACUCUCCAUUUUAUUGCAAUGAGCUAAUCGAAUAGUAAAGUUUUGGCCAUUGCUAUUUAGAUUUGGAUUUGCGUAAUGUCAGUUUUAUUGUCGUGUGUCUUUCUGAUGAUGCAAGAAUAUGCUCUAACAUGGAAAUCAAGGAUUCAUCGGUUAAGCU